AGCUUGAUGCCCCCACCAACCUGAGAUUUCUCAACACCACGGAGCACUCAGUGUUGGUGUUGUGGACGCGGCCCCGUGCUGUGAUCACAGGAUACCGGCUGACUGCAGGUCCCACAAGAGGAGGUCAACCAAGGACCUACAAUGUGGGACCUUCUGCCACCAAGUACCUUCUCAGAAACUUGCAGCCUGGCACUGAGUACACUGUGUACCUUGUGGCAGUUAAAGAUGACUUGCAAAGUGCCAGAGAGACUGGAGUCUUCACAACUUAUCAGCCUGUUGGCUCUGUUCCUCCUUUUAACACAGAAGUGACUGAGACUUCUAUUGUCAUCACCUGGACACCUGCCCCAAGGAUUGGUUUCAAGCUGGGUGUGCGCCCAAGCCAAGGUGGAGAGGCUCCCCGGGAGGUCAUCUCUGAUUCUGGCAGCAUCGUCAUCUCUGGCCUGACCCCUGGAGUGGAGUACACCUACAGCCUCACAGUCCUGAUGGAUGGCCAGGAGAGGGAGACGCCCAUCAUCAGAAGAGUGACUACACCCUUGUCUCCACCAACCAACCUGCGCCUGGAGCCCAAUCCUGAUACUGGGGUCCUGGUAGUCUCUUGGGAUAGAAGCACCACGCCAGGUAUCAGUGGGUACCGAGUGACCACUGCUCCUACCAAUGGGCAGCAGGGCUCUACUUUGGAGGAAGUUGUAGGUGCAGAUCAGACCACCUGCACCUUUGAAAACCUAAACCCUGGUGUGGAGUAUAAUGUCAGCGUUUACUCAGUCAAGGAUGACCAGGAGAGCAUCCCCAUCUCUGAAACCAUCACACAAGAGGUGCCCCAGCUCACUGACCUAAGCUUUGUUGACAUAACUGACUCAAGCAUCGGCCUGAGGUGGACCCCGUUAAAUGCCUCCACUAUUAUUGGCUACCGCAUCACAGUAGUUGCGGCAGGAGAAAGUGUCCCUAUUUUUGAAGAUUUUGUGGACUCCUCAGUAGGAUACUACACAGUCACAGGCUUGGAGCCGGGCAUUGAUUACGACAUCAGUGUAAUCACGCUCAUUAAUGGUGGAGAGAGCGCCCCUACCACUCUGACACAGCAAACGGCUGUGCCACCUCCCACUGACCUCCGCUUCACUAACGUGGGGCCUGACACUAUGAGAGUGACUUGGACUGCACCAACUUCCAUCGUGCUGAGCAGUUUCCUCGUGCGCUACUCGCCCGUGAAGAAGGAGGAGGAUGUUGCAGAGCUGACGAUUUCACCCUCAGACAACAUGGUGGUCUUAACAAAUCUGCUUCCUGGUACUGAAUAUCUGGUGAGAGUUUACAGUGUUUCUGAGCAACAUGAGAGCGCACCUUUGUCUGGAAUCCAGAAAACAGGUCUUGAUUCUCCCACCGGCCUUGACUUCUCGGAUAUAACUGCAAACUCUUUCACCGUCCACUGGAUGGCUCCUCGUGCCACCAUUACGGGCUACAAAAUCCGGCAUCACCCAGAGAAUGGUGCUGGCAGGCCCAAGGAGGACCGCGUGCCCCCCUCCCGCAACUCCAUCACCCUCACCAACCUGCUUCCAGGGACCGAGUACGUGGUCAGCGUCAUCGCCGUCAAUGGCAGGGAGGAGAGCAUGCCCUUGUUUGGACAACAGACAACGGUUUCUGACGUUCCAAGGGACUUGGAAGUCACCCCCACCAGCCCAACCAGCCUUGUGAUUUCCUGGGAUGCUCCUGCAGUGACAGUCAGAUACUACCGGAUCACUUACGGUGAAACAGGUGGAAGCAGCCCUGUGCAGGAGUUUACAGUGCCUGGCACCAUGUCUACUGCUACCAUCACUGGCCUCAAACCUGGUGUAGACUACACCAUCACUUUGAAUACUGUAACUGGCCGUGGAGACAGCCCUGCCAGUAGCAAGCCAGUCACCGUCACCUACAAAACAGAAAUAGACACACCAUCCCAGAUGCAAGUUACAGAUGUCCAGGACAACAGUAUCAGCAUCAGAUGGCUCCCUUCAACAUCCCCAGUCACAGGCUAUCGAGUGACAGCUGUCCCCAAGAAAGGACAUGGGCCCACAAAGACUAAAAACGUCCCUGCAGAUCAAACGCAAGUCACUAUUGAAGGUCUGCAGCCCACAGUUGAGUACAUGGUCAGUGUCUACGCUCAGAAUCAGAACGGCGAGAGCCUGCCCCUGGUUGAGACAGCCGUCACCAACAUUGACCGCCCUAAAGGACUAACAUUCACUGAGGUGGAUGUUGAUUCCAUCAAAAUUGCUUGGGAAAGCCCUCAGGGGCAAGUAACCAGGUACAGGGUGACCUAUUCGAGCCCUGAGGAUGGAAUCCAUGAGCUAUUGCCGGCCCCAGGUGGUGAAGAAGACACUGCUGAGCUGCAUGGCCUCAGGCCAGGUUCUGAGUACACUAUCAAUAUCGUUGCCAUAUACGAUGACAUGGAGAGCCUGCCCCUCACUGGGACCCAGUCCACAGCAAUUCCACCUCCUACAAACCUGAAGUUUAUUCAGGUAACUCCCACCAGUCUUACUGUCAACUGGAAUGCACCAAACGUUCGCCUCACUGGCUACAGAGUCAGAGUGAACCCCAAAGAAAAGACUGGUCCUAUGAAAGAAAUCAACCUUUCUCCGGACAGUACGUCUGCUGUCGUGUCUGGAUUAAUGGUAGCAACCAAGUAUGAAGUGAGUGUCUAUGCCCUGAAGGACUCUCUGACCAGCCGACCAGCCCAGGGCGUGGUCACUACUCUUGAAAAUGUUAGCCCCCCUCGCAGGGCCCGUGUAACAGAUGCCACCGAGACAACCAUCACCAUUUCCUGGAGAACCAAGACUGAGACCAUCACUGGUUUCCAAGUUGAUGCUGUCCCAGCAAGUGGCCAGAACCCCAUUCAAAGGACCAUCAGCCCUGAUGUUAGGAGUUACACUAUCACUGGCUUGCAACCCGGCACCGACUACAAGAUCUACCUGUACACGCUGAAUGAGAACGCGCGCAGUUCCCCGGUAGUGAUCGAUGCCUCCACUGCCAUCGAUGCUCCUUCUAACCUGCGCUUCCUUACAACCACAAGCAACUCCCUCCUGGCUACCUGGCAGCCUCCACGAGCCAAGAUCACAGGCUACAUCAUCAGAUACGAGAAACCUGGCUCGCCAGUCAAGGAGGUUCUGCCUCGCCCUCGGCCUGGCACCACCGAGGCUACUAUUACUGGUUUGGAACCUGGAACUGAAUACAUCAUCUAUGUCAUUGCUGUGAAGAACAAUCAGAAGAGUGAACCGCUAGUUGGCAGGAAAAGGACAGAUGAGCUUCCCACGUUGAUUACCAGACCGCACCUCAACCAACCCGACAUUCUCGACGUGCCUUCCAUUGACGUGGGGACCCCUUACCUCACCAACAAUAGGUAUGACAAUGGGAACGGUAUCCAACUUCCAGGCACCUCUGGGCACCCGCAGACAAUAGGACACCAGGGUCAACAAGUCGUCCUGGAGGAGCACGGCUACAGGCGGCCUGUACCCACUACAGCAACUCCCCUCAGGCCGGGGUCCAGGCGCCAACCGCCGAACGUGGACGAAGCGAUUGAAAUCCCUGGGUACCAAGUGCCCAUCAUCGUGGAACCUUCCUACCCGCACUCCCACGUGCCCAGGCGCAACGACACCAUGGGUCAAGAGGCUCUUUCUCAGACUACCAUCUCUUGGAGGCCGUUGCUAGAGAGCUCUGAAUACAUCAUCUCAUGCCAGCCAGUCAGCCAGGAUGAAGAUACUCUGCAGUUCAGGGUUCCUGGCACUUCAUCCAGUGCUACACUCACUGGUCUUACAAGAGGAGCCACCUACAACAUUAUAGUGGAAGCCCUGAAAGAUCACCGGAGACAAAAGGUGCUGGAGGAGGUGGUCACAGUUGGCAAUACUAUCUCUGAAGGACUAAACCAGCCAGCUGACGACACCUGCUUUGAUACCUACACCGGCUCCUCCUAUUCCAUCGGCGAGGAAUGGGAGCGCUUGUCUGAAACCGGCUUCAAGCUCUGGUGCCAGUGCCUGGGCUUCGGCAGCGGCCACUUCAGAUGCGACUCCUCCAAGUGGUGCCAUGAUAAUGGUGUAAACUACAAGAUUGGGGAGAAGUGGGACCGGCAAGGGGAGAAUGGCCAGAUGAUGAGCUGCACCUGCCUUGGCAAUGGAAAGGGAGAAUUCAAGUGCGAACCUCAUGAGACCACGUGCUACGAUGAUGGGAAGAUGUACCAAGUGGGAGAGCAGUGGCAGAAGGAGUACUUUGGGGCCAUCUGCUCCUGCACUUGUUAUGGAGGACAGCAGGGCUGGCGCUGUGACAACUGCCGC